AUGAAUCGGACUCUUCCAUUUGAACAAGGAUUCUUGCCAUUGUUAAAUCUAGAUUUCCUUCGUUUAACGAAACUGUUCUGUACGCCUCCAGACAGCAGAAUAGUUUUAAAUUUAAGUCCUUGUCAAACAUUAGACAGUAAAGCAGUGUACACCCUUAAAUCAAAGUCAACAAACAAUUUGUACAUUAUGUUGUCCGCUCCAGCACCUGACAGGCCUCCACCAGAUGGUGACGAGGAGGAGGAAGAUGAGCACGAAAGUGAGGUGAGGUUUUUCUUUCCUUUGUAAUAUCUGUAGUCCAAACUGCUAUUUUUUCGUCAUUAAUGAUCUGAUAUUACCACUAUAAGUUAAAGUUUUGAACAGUCACAGUUGUAUUUACAAGGAACCAAAGAAACAAAUGUAGUGUCAGUAAGCACAUUUUCUGUGACUAGUCCCGUAAUAAAUCACUUUAUUGUUUCAGUUGGUAGAUUGCGCAACCAGAGAUGGCGGCCUACUGCCCUUUUCGGCUUCUACGCCACGCUCAUCGCAGUCUUCAGAAACAUGCGACAGACAGGUGAUUUACUUAUUGUUAUUGUUUUUUUUUCAUAUUUUGUUAUUUUGUGUUUUGUAUUUUUCACUUGCAAUUUGAAUGUCGUGUUUGAAUAUGAAGGUCAGAUCGUAAAGUAGCAAAUCACAACUUUAUACAUGCAUCGCAACUUUGUACUUCCUUGCUAUCACUGCACGGAUACUGCAUGAAAAUGUCUAGGUAUCGUGUAUGUGCCGUUUGUGUGGGUUUCAGUUUUUUGAAGAUUGGCGAUUUUUUUGUGUUUUACGAGAACUACUUUUUUGCGAUUAUGACAGAUUUGUUCUUAUUUUUGGAGGUUAAUUUUUGCACGUUUUCAGAAGGCCCUUUAUAAUUCUUGGAAUUUUUCCUUUUUAAUUUAGUACCUGCAAAGUGAAAUACUACGCAAUAGUACUGUGUGCGUACCCUGUGUAAAUCUAGUGAAACAGCUAAUACACGAUUUCUCAGUACAGUGGAAGUCCACAGUACAAGCUAAGUAAUCAAUCACAGUAACUUUAUUUUUUUGUUAGAAUUUUUAAUUUUCUUACUUUUUUCUUAACUCCCAGUUUCGAAGAACAUAUCUGCGCUCUGUUGCGUCAACAAGUGGUUCGGCACAAAAUCAAGUAGAAGACAUUGAAGGAGAAGUUUCCAAUGAUGACGAUAGCUGUAUCGCUAAGGUGCAGUUUCAUAAUUAUGUUAUCUUUAGCGAUUACAUAAGUUAACACAAAUGAGUUACCUAUGAGCGUUUAAACAGAUGGUGACAAAAGGGGUACGGGGAUGUGGUAUGAACUGGUCAGUCAAAGAGUCUAAAGUAACUUUCUAAGUCACUACCCAAAAUGUUUGCUUAAGAGUCACUUCUCGAAUAAGCGCCGUUCAUAAAUAAGCUCUAAUUUGGAUAUUUACAAAUUAGCGCCCCACCUUCGUUACGGCGCAUGAUAUAAAGAGAUAUCAAAACCAUAUCACUUGAGAAAUAAGACCUCAACCAACUCGUGAGAUCAAAAGUUUUGAUGCCCGAGGGAAACUCUUGAAAUCGGGUUCAUAUCUCUCUUCAAGAUUUACAUAGUUAUUAUACAAAAUUGCGAACAGCUAGUAGGCCCCUCAAUUAAUUAUCUCUAUAUUCCUAUCAGUGUUUUCCCCUUAGUUGAAAUAAGCGUCGCCCUCGUAUAAGCUCCGCACCUAUAACAGGGAGAAUGAAAUAGGCACCGCGUUGUUUAAUCGAUCAUUUACGGUGACCUGUGACCUGUAAUAAUUUUUUGUGUGUGUGAUACGACUUUCCGUUGUCUUUUGAGUCACUUAAAACCGACUACGGUUGUCACUCAUUAAAAUUUUUUUAUUGUAUUAAAGCUUUUUCCACAUUGUUUUAAAACUUUUUUUGCAGCCUUUUUGUGGUCAUGAUGAUGUGCAAUUAAAAAACAGUGACAAUUACAAAGGAAUAGGUAAUUCCCCCACAUGUAAAACCCCAAGGCCCGGUUGAGACGUCGAUCUUUUCAUGAGCCGAGCCUAAUACAUUGAAUUAAGCACAUGAAAGGUUCGGCGACUGAAUCAAUUAGGAAUGCCUUUUUUAAUUUGGAACGGCUAAGCUGGCCGGAAUUUCGACUGUGGAGCGACUUUGGUACAGCAAACUUUUCCGUGCACUGAACCUAAUGCAUAAAUUAGCAGUUCGACCAAAAUAAGCAUUUUCCCCCUUUUCAAUUUAGUUCGGCUGGAAUUAAGAUGGGCGUCAAUUUGAGUCAAUUCAGGCGGUCUAAAUAGUGUGGGUCGGCCUUGAUUUGAAUAAGGUUCCGCUCAUGAAAAGUUCAGGCCCAAGACGGGAAUAGGUCAAUCGAAUUGGUAUGAACUCCACACUCUCAAUCAUCAGUGGGUUAUUUAUUUUAUUCUAUAAAUUAUUAUUCUAUUAUAUAAAAUAUAAGAUAUUCAAACAUUUCCUUGUCAGUUGUAAAUAUGUUACAGGAAGAGAGCCAGAGAGGAUAACAAUUCAUUAUUAUGUAACACCAAUGAAACACCGGCGGAAUUUUCGCCGUGAAUUUUUGCUGUGGCUGCAUAAUAAUUUAUUAAUCGCUCCUUUUGCAGCAAAAAACUAUUGAAGUGAAAUCCGGUGGAUAACGCCAGGACAGUGAAAUAGUUUAAUCCGCAACUGUAAAUACCGAUAAGAUACCUAGAUUUUAUCCCUGGAGAUAAAAAGGCCAAUAUGUGUGUGCGUGCAAUUUAUACGGCAGGUUUCUACAACCCAGAUGGAAAGUACUGCAGUAUUACAGCAUCCCUCAGUCUUAUGCAAUAUAUCAAACCUUUCACCGAAUUAGUGGCAUCAAGAAGGGGGGAAAUUGGGAAGAACCUUAACGAGGUAAAAAUGUUUUCUUAGCUUAACACAACGAACUCUCUUUUCUGGUCUGAACAGAAUUUUUUUGUCAAAAGGCCACACUGAUUCGAGGCAGCGAAGGUCCAAUUCGGUUCGUAGCCGCCAAAAGUUAGAUGGCUGUACGAAUAAAUACAUAAGUGAUCAAGGUUUUGUUUUUUAUUCUAUCAGAAAGUAAUGUAGUCCCACAAGGUUUACCACAUAAGAAUGCUGCAGCCCCUGAGGUUGUAACACUGUCUCGUUAAUACGACCCAGUUUUGAUGGACCAUUUUCAGUUACUGCCUGAUAUAUUUAGAUACCCUACUUUGAGGCAAAUUAGACGAGGUGUCAAGGCCAGGGGGAACCGUACAUUCUCCCUUCAUGCCAAAGGCUGUUACUUUGUAAAACUGGAAUGUGUAUUUUUUUUUCAAAUCAAUUAAACUGUGUUUUCAAUGAUGUUCUUUACGUUCUUCAUUUAGUAUGACUCGUUAGUAAUACAUUGAUCGUUUGUUUUUGAUCCCUAAGAUAUAUCAACUAAGGGGACUUAAAGACAAACGUAUCCUGAAGCUUCUUGAUAGAUUGAGAGUUCAUCUAUGCCUUCCAGUCGAUGAAGAUAUUGAUGCCAACGAGUUCAUGCACAAACUUUUGGAAAAAAUGUUACAAGAUAAAGUACAAUUAUUAUUAAAAGAAGAUUGCUGCAAGUAAUUUGCCAAUAAUCCCAAAGCUGCUCAUCUCUAGGUCUCUGCGAAAUAAAAGUUAGUUAUGUAUUAGUUGUGCAGGUUUUGCUACGGGGGAAAGCCAGGGCCAUCUAUCCCCUUAUAAACAAGCGAUGACCGUCAAAUGCAAAGUAUUGCAAUAUUCAAACUUAUCUGGUGUCGUGCUUUUGAUGUAUUUCAACGGUGGUUUUUAAAACUUGUAGAUACCUAAGGACAAAAUUUUUCCGAGCACAAGGAAGUAUAAGAGUUAAUUUUUUGUUUCAUUUCAGGAUGUCCCACAACGGAUCUUUUGCAGCACGAGGAAAGAAAAGCUUGCCCUCAAUUCUUCGGGCACGCAUGAAAUACUGCUGCAGUGUUUCAAUGAUAAAGGUACGCACUAUGGUCUGUAGAGCUUUUCACUGUCUGUCUUUCCUAUACAGCGGAAUUCCCAUUGAUAUGACCACUAAUUAUAAAGGGCCAAAAAAAAAAAUAAUAAUUUCAUGACUUGAGGUCUGUAAUGAAAUAAACACAAGGAAUACACCGUACCGCUCUCUAAUAAACAGCCGGAGUGUAGAGAUAGUUACUGACAAUAAUUGAAAAACCCUUUUUAAAAUUUGCCACAAGUGCAUUUUAAGUGUUGUUUAUAUAAUUUUACAUUUCCUAUCCAUUGUUAUUUUCUAAAUCUCAAACGAGUGGCCGUAUUAAUGGCUGAAAUCAGUUAUAAGGGAUUCUACUGCUAGGGAUUAUAAAAUGUGGCCGUUGGCCGUAUUGACAGGUGACCGCUUUAACGGUUUUUUUCUGAGGAAAUGUAUGGCCGGUUGGAUCUGUUUUCCCGAGCGGAAAAAAACUUCCAUAUGCUUCCCACAAUAACAAGGUCACGGUAUUAUUGAGGUGUUCGUUUUGAUGGUCUCUGUAGCUAGCGACUUCUCAGUCAAUAGUUCAUCCAAAUAUCCACGCAAAUAAUGACAGUUAUUAACCUGUUUCUUAGGAAAUGGUGGUGAUGAUCUUGAUGAGGGUAACUCCCCUACAACUUUGCUCAGCCUUCCAACCACAGCAACUAAUGGAGUAAUGUCACUAAGCGACUUACUCUACACCAAAUUAAAUGAAACGUGCAUGCCUGUACCAUUUAGUGAGUGGGAAAGUGAUUGGAAGGAGAAGUACCAAGGUCAGCAACAUGCCACUUAAAAUUAUGUGAAAAUUCAUGUGACUAUAUUGAGCAUGUUUUAACAAGAAUGCCACUCUAUGUUUUCAGGAAAUGAAGACAAGCAGUUUUUUUGCUAUAAGACCAUCGUUUAUGAUUUGCGUGCCGAAAGUCGCUAUAUUGGGAUUACAGAGAGGAAAAAAAGACACGCUCCAAAAGGUUUUUAUUGAUAAUCUUUAACGCUUUACACCAUUAGUUAUUUCUAUAACAUUUUCCACGUAUCAGUUUAUUGGUGGUCUCUGAUUUGUUAUAAACAGGACAAUCGACCAAUCGAGAUACCAAAGCAUAUUCCUAUGGCGGAUUUUACAAAUCCAGAGGACGAAGGCGUUCACUCAGUGGAUUGUGAACGUGGAACGCUCGUGUUACAUGGCAUGAUCGUGCACUCAGAAGUAAGAAACCAUCAAUACGCGAUGAUUGCAAUGCGGCAAUCUACUUGGUAAGGAGAACAAACAUUGAUGUCUGCUUUAUAUACUUUGGUUUAGAACACCAUAGCCUGGCGCGGUUAUUUUUAAUUUCAGCAUACAUUGCAUGAGGUGUAUAGGAUCUGGAGGCGGGACACCUCUAAGUCAUUAAAAGAACAUGUUAAAGGAAGUUCCUGUCUAAAUAUGAUCACCAUCAGAGAGAAUGAACUCUCUUAAGAUUAGGAAAAUUUUUGUCAGUAACUUCCUGAUUUUAUCUUUCGUAGUUAAGCAUUGGGUAUGAUGGUUAACGUUUCCCUUUCAUAAGUACAGCUCUCCAAAACUAGUCUACUGAUAUUCAUCAGCAGACCGCAUUGAAAAACCUAAAGAAUUUUUAAUUUGUUGAUGCUACAUCAUAACAGCUUAAAGUCGGGCUCAUUUGAUUUUAUAGGAUUGUGCACGAUGGCCUUAAUACGUAUGAAGUAGAAUUGACAACGGAGUUGCUCAAGGACCUCGGCAGAAAAGAUUGCUGCGACUCGUCAGGUUCACCCUUACAUACUUUUAAUUCAUUGCCUGAAAAAGGCGUUUAUUCCAUAAACAAUACAGCCACACUAUGAACCUGUCCCUAGUUACUCUAUUACUGACUACAGUUCUUACCUUUUGUCUGCAGUUACAUUCAUCUAUAUAGAAAGUACCAGUGACCUCGCAAUAAAAAAGCCGCCCCUUCCAGAUAAAAGAGAGCAGAAGGAUAUACUGAAGAGGUAGGUUGGCUACAAAAAAAAAGCCCUCAUGGACAGAAUCCAAAUGGUCCUUUUUCUCACCUUCCUGUUUUUGUUAUAGAUUGGUCUCAAGUGGAAAGGAAGGCCAGAGCGAUGAUGACUGUAUUGAAAUAGAUGACGACAAGGAAGGUAAGUCGAUUAUACUAUGUCUAACUUUAACCGAAAUAUAUAUGCUUUUUGAGGAAAGAAAGCAUGAAAGAAAGAAAGACAAAUAAAUGCUACAUAAAUAAAUAAUGAAUAAAUUAUUAUUAUUAUUAUGCGUGUAUUGUGUACUGAUUUAAUUGCAAAGAUUCUGAUGAUGUCUAUACAGCAUAGUCUGUAGGCAAGCAUGGCUCAUGUCUGUAUGCAAUUAGCACCCUCGCGGAACUAAAAAUGAGUGGGGACUAAUACGCGACUAAGAUCAUUAUCAUUACCACAGUCAGUGGCAGUUUACUGAUUAAAAAAUUUCUCUUGUUUCAUCAGUUGACUAUCAACGAAUUUUUCAUAAAAUGGAAGCGUCUACAAGAGCGUUUGUUGGCUUGGAGCCACUCAAACAACAAUUUUUAAGAUUUGCCAAGACUGCAAUCUUAAAUCAAAAAAGGAAACAGCUUGGUUUCCACGUCGAAGAUAUGAGUUCCUGUUUACAUUUUAUAUUUCAAGGGAAUCCAGGAACUGGAAAGACCACCUUUGCACGCAAAGUUGCAGGUAUUUGUAGCAAUAUUUAAGGUGCAGAAAAUUCAUACAGGCUACUAAUUUUAGGUAUUCGAUUUCAUGAAAAAUACUCAACUUUUCAUCUGACAGCCUUCUGACAGGUAAAUUGCUCUGUAGAGCGACUAAUUUGAAACGACGUAGGUAGUCAGCGCGUUUUUAUCAGCAAAACACCAGACCAUGCAGAAAGUAUUGACAUUCUCAGCAGUGAAAUGUAAAGAAAUACAAGCACUCUCUGAUUGUUUUGUGGGUCUGCCAACUGCUGUUUUUUCAAGUAGGGUUUUUUUGGAACAAAGUUCCAGACCAAGGUGUUUUACGAGUUUCAAAUUAAUCUACUUAUUAAUUGAACAAAAUUUUUCCACUGUCUUUAAUACCACAGAACUGCUGUACAGUAUAAGGAAAAUUAAAAAGAGGAAAGUGGUAGAGGUCCAACGGGGGGACCUCGCUGGUCAGUUUCUGGGGUCAACUGAGCAAAAGACCGCCAACAAAAUAGAGGAGGCAAAAAGGGGCAUUCUUUUCGUACACGAAGCGCACCGGUUAACUCCCAGAAGCUCGGGAAUGGACUACGGGCGUAUCGCCAUCAACCAGCUGAUGGUGGCAAUGGAGAAAGGUGAUCUAGUGAUGAUUUUUGCUGGGUACCCAGCAGAAAUGAAGGACUUUCUAAAUUCAAACCCUGAACUUAAGUCCAGGAUAAAAUAUAAAUUUAAUUUCCCCGACUAUUCCAUCAGCGAACUGGCCACUAUUCUUGAGAACGGAACCGGAGAUAGUGGAUUCCGUUUCGGUGGCGAGACGAGCUUGGUCGAAAUUCUUCAACAAGAAACAACGGUACACAUUCGCAGCAAGCAGAAUGGAAGGCUGGCCAAGAAUAUUGUGGCAGAGGCGGUUAUAAAUUUAAGUAAUCGCCUCUCCUUGAUGGCGUUAUUAAGGCAUGCAGGGCAUUUUGUGAUGUUCCUCACAAAGAUGCUCAAUCUGAAGAACCAGGGAAUACUGCGGCAGAAAAUAACGAAUAAUAUAUUACCGUAA